UGUCGAGAAAAUAAAUAUAUAUAACAUAUAUUUAGUAAUGUUUACAUCAAAUUAUUUAUUUAUUUACAUUGAAUGCCGGAUUAUUAAAUAAUUGUUGAUAAAUAAUAAUUAAAAAUAAUGAAUUAUUCGGCGUAUCCUCAAACAAAUUCAUCAAUACCAGACUCAGAUGUCAAAUAUUAUUUACGGAAGCUGGAUUUUCCAGCAUGUGCCAAAGAAGCGCUUGUAUCAAUAGCAAAUUUAUCACGCAUGACUGGAUCAACAGUGAGACAACAGAUCCAACUCCAAACAGAUUUAAUGAUAGAAUUUGUAUUUGGUGAAGUAGACAAACUGAAACAGCAAAAAAAGCCCGAGAGUCUUCAAGAGUUUCAGUUGAUCGAAGUACUCAGUGAUUUUUUCCGUGAUCCAGACCGAAGUCCAGCGGUCCGUAAUGCCGUCUUUUUAUUUUUAUUUCCUGGUGAGUGCCCUAGAUACGAAAUUCUGGGCACUUUGGUGUCGUUGUCAAUAUCAACGCAGAAUAGACAAGUCCUGGAUUCCACGGGGAUGUGGAUGCAACAAUUAGGGUCAACUUCUGUGCAAAGUGUUGAUCUUGCAAAGCAUAUACUAAAUGAUUUUUUUGUUUUCUCACCAAAUUCAAUUGAUAAACUCAAACAAUUGCCGGUACUCGUGCCUUAUUUUACGGCAAAUUUAUUGACAGCAAUAGGGGAAGUUUACAAAUUUCAAGAUCCGCCUAAUGAAUUGCUAAAGUUAGUUGGUGAUUGGAUUGAUGAUAAUCCAGGAUUACUGACAACUUCUUUGAUGGAUAAUCCUGCUUUGCCAUCUGGUGGAAUUCCUAUGACUCCAAUUACUCCAAUCGCUGGUUUAUUUAGAUGGUGUAUUUUGAGUUCCGCGCGAAAAGAACCAGCUGAUAUUGACAAAAGUAUAACAGAUGAACGUAAAAAAUUAUAUUCUAAAAUUCAGCAAUUACUUAUGGAUGCGGUCUUGAGAUUAAAAGACACCAGUGGUAACAAACAUGCGAUAUCUGCUCAACAUUUGGCGCAAACAACGCGCACGUUGACUUCACUUUUGGAACAAACGGAUUCAAGUAUUUUGAAAGCGAGCUGUGAUUUAGCUAUGGAACGAUUGGCGCAAGCUGUUAGCACGGCUCUGUCUGUAAAUUGUAUUUAUGGAAAUAAACAAGAAUUGUUGGCUUUACUGCAGCCACUUGCGUGUAGGCAUUUUCUAAUUGAAUGGACGUUGAUGACUUAUGGCUCAAAAGUUCCGGUUGUAUAAAAAAAAAAAAUAAUAAUAAUAAUAAAUUGUGUACAAGAUGAUGUUUUUUAUAUAAAAUAUUUAUUAAUAAUAAAUAUAAAGUUGUUUUCUA